AUCACUAAAAAUGAAUAUAUACAAAUCUGCGUUCGUAAAGUGCAUACUGUAAAGUGAACUAAAAUUCAGAGUCGUUUUGUUACGUUUCUAACUAAAUGUGAAGUCUAUGCAACAACGUGACAUUUGAAACAUAGAAGCAACAUGGCGUUCAUGACUAAAGGUGACUGGUAUAAUUCUCAAGCAUUUUGGCAAAAUGGACCUGCACCUGGUGCGAUUUAUAAUUUUCCAGGCAACACAGCACAGUCUGAAUCCAACGGUUUCCAACGAUCACAAGCUCCAAUAACUACUGGUACAUCGGUGCUUGGACUUCAUUAUAAGGAUGGCGUUGUUAUAGCUGCUGAUGUACUUGGAUCUUAUGGUUCAUUAGCCAAGUAUAGAAAUUGUGAACGUCUUAUGAAAGUCAAUGAUAAUAUUAUUUUGGGUGCUGGUGGUGAUUUUGCUGAUUUUCAAUAUAUCAAGAAUAUCAUUGAGCAAAAAAUUCUUGAAGAGGAAUGCUUGGAUGAUGGAUUUUCUCUCAAGCCAAAGUCUCUACAUUGUUGGUUAACUCGAGUGAUGUACAACAGAAGGUCCAAGUUUGAUCCUUUUUGGAAUAAUUUCAUAAUUGCUGGAAUGGAUGAUGACAAGCCAUUCAUGGGUACCGUUGAUAAACUUGGUACAGCAUAUGCAGAUCCUGUUAUUACAACUGGAUAUGGCGCCUACAUGGCAACACCACUUCUUCGAAAGGCUUACGAAGAUAAUAAAGAGAUGACGAAGGAAGAGGCAUUACAACAUAUACAUAAAUCAAUGCAAGUUCUCUUCUAUCGAGAUGCAAGAUCUUUUCCCAAGUAUCACGUUGGUAUCAUAAACAAAGAUGGUAUAGAGAUCAAAGGACCACUUACAUUAGAAAGCAAUUGGGAAGUUGCUAAUAUGUAAUUGAUGCAUUUUUAAAAUUAAAAUUACUGUAAAAUUACCUUUCUUAAAUAAAGCGUAACGUCAGUUUGUCUAUGAAA